AUGGAAUACCUUGAGCAACCUGUCCCCAAGCAAGCAGAAUUGGAGCAACCAGUUACCAAGCAGCCAGACCUGGAACAACCAGUCCCCAAGCAGCCAGACCUGGAACAACCAGUCCCCAAGCAGCCAGACCUGGAGCAGCCAGUUACCAAGCAGCCAGACCUGUCACCUUCAAAGGAACACCUGGAGCAACCAAUCCCCAAGCAGCCACACUUAGAGCAACCUGUCUCCAAGCAGCCAGACCUGGAGCAACCAGUCCCCAAGCAGCCAGAUCUGGAGCAACCAGUCCCCAAGCAGCCAGAUCUGGAGCAACCAGUCCCCAAGCAGCCAGAUCUGGAGCAACCAGUCCCCAAGCAGCCAGACCUGGAGCAACCAGUCCCAAGCAGCCAGAUCUGGAGCAACCAGUCCCAAGCAGCCAGACCUGGAGCAACCAGUCCCCAAGCAGCCAGAUCUGGAGCAACCAGUCCCCAAGCAGCCAGAUCUGGAGCAACCAGUCCCCAAGCAGCCAGACCUGGAGCAACCAGUCCCCAAGCAGCCAGAUCUGGAGAACCAGUCCCCAAGCAGCCAGACCUGGAGCAACCAGUCCCCAAGCAGCCAGAUCUGGAGCAACCAGUCCCCAAGCAGCCAGACCUGGAGCAACCAGUCCCCAAGCAGCCAGAUCUGGAGCAACCAGUCCCCAAGCAGCCAGAUCUGGAGCAACCAGUCCCCAAGCAGCCAGAUCUGGAGCAAACCAGUUUACCAAGCAGCCAGAUCUG